UGAGCUGUCUCAUCUUCAUCCUGAUGAUAGCGAUCUAGCAGACGGGUCGCUCACAGCUGGACUCGGCUGGCACUGGAUCAGACUGUGAGGGCGGAGAGAUGGAGGGUGAGAUAGAAGGAAGAAGAGGACCUGAGUUCAGGGAUGGAGAAGCUGUGACAUAACUGUGCAUCACUGGAUGUAAAGAACGUGAACCUGCAGCAGAAUGAGAAGAACAACAGGAGGAUUUUAACUGAGAAGCUGCAGAACGACGACUUCUUGAAUUCAGGUGUGAACGCGAGCAUGGACCUGACGAACGCCCCCGCUUAAUGUCAGCAGAGGCCAUCAUGGAGGAGCUGGACACGGGGGAAGAUGGCGGGAAAGAAACAUCGACCAGCCAGUCAGGGUUCCUCCCGACGGACCCGGUUCUGUUAUACCCCCCUCCUCUGUCCCCUGACCCGGUCAGCCCGCUCACUCACCUGGGGACGCUGCUGGCCGGACACGACGCACCGAGGACCGGCGGAUGGGACAGCAGACUGGACCUGGGGUUCCAAGGCUGUCAGUUACUGGGAUCAACGAGGGAACCAGGAAGAGAAGCUCAUGCGGACCAGAGCGUCACCAUCCUGCACGCCAAGGUGGCUCAGAAGUCCUACGGCAACGAGAAACGGUUCUUCUGCCCGCCUCCUUGUGUUUACAUCAGCGGUCGAGGAUGGAGAGUCAUGCAGGACCAUCUGAAAGAGGCCGGAUAUGGAGACUCUGUAUAUCGACUGUGUGGCUACAUGUGUCUGGACAGCUCCAGUCAGUCUCAGGCCGACUCGUUCAAACUGGUCUUCGAUCAGCAGCCAAACUCCAGGAUGUUCGCCUGCGCCAAGUCUCUGUUCAUCUCCGACCAGGACAAGAGGAAGCACUUCUGCCUGCUGCUGCGACUCUUCCUGGGCAACAGGCAGGAAGUGGGAUCGUUCCAGAGCAGGAUGAUCAAAGUCAUCUCCAAACCCUCCCAGAAGAGACAGUCCAUGAAGAACGCCGACCUGUGUAUCUCUUCAUGCUCCAGAGUUGCUUUGUUCAACCGUUUACGCUCACAGACGGUCAGCACUCGUUACCUCUCAGUGGACAGAGGAGCCUUCAUAGCCAGCGCCAGACAGUGGACGGCCUUCACCAUCACCCUGGUAGAGGACGGGCGUGCUGACCAAGGGGACUUUGUGCUGAGCGAGGGCUUCGUCUGUUACGGCUGUGUGGUCAAGUUAGUGUGCACCGAGUCUGGAGUCUCUCUGCCACCCAUGGUGAUCCGAAAGGUCAACAAGCAGCACGCCAUCUUAGACGUGGACGAGCCAGUUUCUCAGCUUCACAAGUGCGCCUUCCAGUUCAGAGACAACCCGUACGCAUACCUGUGUUUGUCCAACGACAGCAUCAUCCAGUACCAGGCCCCGUCCAGCGUCAGAGACCCCAGCAGGGUGGUGCUGAACGACGGAUCCUGUUGGACCAUCAUCGGGGUGGAAGCGGUGGAAUUCACCUUUAAUCAGGGUCUGGCCUGCAUCCAGACACCAGUGACGCCGUUUCCUCUGAUCACCGGGUUAGAGGUGAGCGGAGGAGGACACGUGGCCACGCUGGAGAUCCAGGGAGAAAACUUCAGCCCUCAUCUCAAAGUGUGGUUUGGAAACAGCGAGGCUGAGACCAUGUUCAAGUCGCCCAAAUCUCUGCUCUGCGUCGUUCCUGACGUCUCCGUCUUCACCGACGGUUGGCGCUGUCUGCGACGCAUCAUCACCGUCCCGCUGUCCCUCAUCCGAUUGGACGGCCUGAUUUAUCGGACGUCCUUCAGCUUCACCUACACCCCCGAGCUCCAGCCUCCUCCGUCCAUCAGAGGAGCAGCCGGAGGAGGGAAGAGAGAAGGACGGACGGAGGGAGGACAGGAGGACGACUUCCUGCUGGAGACCAUCCAUCAGGAGUUCACCAGAGCCAACUUCCACCUGUUCAUGCAGAGUUAGCUCACCUGUCUGACAGCGGCGGAGUCCUCAGGUGAAUGUUCAGAGCAAAGACACACAGAGAGAAACUGAUGUUUGUUCGUUGCUGGUUACGUGUAAAUUUGUGUGAAUUCUGGAACAAAACACUCGACGUCCUCUGUGUCCUCUUCAUCUGUGAGAUGAUUAUCAGAGCAGAAUGAAAACCUGUCGACAAGAUAACUAGAUGUAAAGUUAAUAAAGCCAUGAGAAAAAUAA